AUGAGCGACCCGCGGAAUCCAAACAUCUAUAAUCGAACCACACCACAAUGGGGCCUAAUGCAAAGAGAGCUUUUCUGGGCCCCUAAUGAAGGCAGACAUCCGCCUCUGAACACAGAUCCAGACAAGCUCAAGGAGCUCGCCAAAGAGCGUCUGACGGAAGGCGGUUGGUAUGCUGUGUUGUGCUCAUCGUGUAAUGCUGGGCAAUCAUGGACACACUACGCGAACCGGCUCGCCUUCUACCGCCACCAAGUGAUCCCCCGGACGCUGGUGGACACAAAUCAUCGCGACACGGCCACCUCUAUCUUUGGACAUCGGGUAUCGGCACCCAUAGGCUUCGCCCCAAUUGGCAUCAACCGCAUCUACCAUCCCACGGGCGAACUCGCCCCCGCGAGGGUGGCUCGAGACCUGAACCUCCUCUACUGCCUCUCUUCAGCUGGCAGCUAUAGCAUCGAAGACACGGCCGCAGCCAACGGCAGCGGACCGCGGUUCUUCCAGUUGUACUGGAGCCCAGACGACAAUGUGGCUAUCUCGAUGUUAGAGCGCGCGCACAGGUCAGGCUACACGGCAUGCAUCCUCACCACCGAUACGUGGCAGCUGGGUUGGAGCCACGACGAUGUUGCCGUUGGCAAUUAUGCGUUCUACCACGAACAUGGCUCGGGAGACCUGGGCCUGCUGGAUCCUGCGUUCUUGGAGCAGUUGAAAGAAUCCAGGCUCGAUCCUGUAAAUGACAGGCAAAAGGUUGGCGCUAAGUGGAUUGAUGAGAAUAUCUGGCAUGGGUAUUCGCAUUCGUGGGAGCGGUUGCCGUGGUUGAUGGAACAGUGGAAACACAUAUCGCGAGGCAAACCGUUCAUUCUAAAAGGCAUACAGAGCGUUGCUGAUGCGAGGAAGGCGGUCGAGAUGGGGGUUGAUGGUAUUGUUGUCUCGAAUCAUGCCGGGAGGCAAGUCGACGGCGCCAUCGCCAGCUUGGACGCUCUAGAGAAGAUCGUUGAUGCUGUUGGAGACCAAACAUACAUCAUGUUCGACUCCGGCAUCCGCGGUGCAGCCGACGUCUUCAAAGCUCUCGCCCUUGGCGCCAAGUUCGUCUUCAUCGGCCGGCUUUGGGUCUGGGGACUGGGCGCCGCCGGCGAGGAAGGCGUGCGGCAUGUUGUCAAAGGCCUGCUGGCCGAGUUUGACAUCAUGAUGAAUGUUGCCGGAUACCCCAAGAUCAGGGAUAUUAAUCGCGAUGCAAUUGACUCGCUGCCGAGGGGAACAUACUUUCCGGGUACGCCAGACCUUACCUAA